AUGGCAGAGUGGGACACUUUGAAGGCCGAAGGCGAUAUGUUGGAGGUGGCCCGGGCGUGCCUGAUUCUACCCUCCUCUAGAUGGGAUCUACCGAAUCCAGUGGCAUCGGAACCAGCGUCGGGGGAGUCGCAGGUUGUUGUCUCCUUCGUCCCCUUCUACCUUGCUGGGUUUGGGGUCCCCGUGCAUCUGUUCGUGGGGAGGUUUCUUCGUUACUUUGGGCUAUGGCUCCAUGACCUGACGCUGCACGGGGUGGCGCACCUUGCGGUGUUCGUCAUUCUCUAUAAGUGUUAUCUGGGGAUUGAGCCCUACUUUCACUUAUGGAGGAGGAUCUUUCGAUUGAACUUGAACAAGGACGGCGCCAGAUCCGUGCAACGGAUCAGCGUCGCCGCCAUCCAUCUGUGCAACAACCUAAAGCUGCGGUACCUAGAGCUCUCCUUCCCCACCUCCAAGAAGGGGUGGCACCGGAAAUGGUUUUAUCUUUUAGAUCCCUUUGGGUCUCUGCCAUCCUAUUCCCCUGACCAUCUGGGGCUGGUGGCGCCGCUGUCUUGGAAGAGGGUCCUGGAGGGCCCCGCCCUCGAGGUCGCUGACAAAGGCCUAGCCCCAUUCUUGUUGUUCGAGCCGAGACCUGACGAGCUCCCAUACCUGGGGCGGUCUCCAUUCGUCCUAGCCCCGUGGGGCAGGGGACCGAGGGUGCCUUCGGGAGUUCUUCCCCGCCACCGGGGGGCAUGUCCUCUAGCUCAUCCUUGGGAGGUUAUAUGUUUAUUGCUUGACAACGUGGAUGUUGACCGCAGGGAAUCUUCGUCGAUAGGGGCUUCGGGCGGUGCAGCGGCGCUGUUCCGGCCGUUGGUGUUGAAGGUGCGCCGCUACCCGUUGCUGCCGCCCCAAGUGGGUGAGGUGUCGAUGUCGGAUGCCGCCGCGGAGGGGCCAGUCGUUGAGGCCCCAACACAUCCAGUGAGAUCUGCCCCCAAAGCAGAGGUGGACCAGGCGGAGGCCACCGUCCCCGAUCUCCCCCUGGCCCCGAGACGCGAGGAGGGGGGGCCGCAUGCGCUGGACGAUGGCCCUGUGACAGACGCUUGGCUGGAGCUGAUGAAGCAGCGCGGCGCCUUCGACGAGCUGGUUACCUUCUUCUACGACUCCUUCGGGGAGAUGACGGGCCGCACGGGGGAGUUCUUCGGUCUUCAGCACGGGAUAUCCGACUCCUAUGGGUGCUGGCGAUAG